AUGGAACAAUCACCAAUGCAGAAGAGAACUCAUGAGAAAUCUUGCCACAUUAAGUUCACACCUGAAGAAGAUGAUAAGCUUCGUGAGAUUGUCGAGCAAAUCGGCACAUCUUCUUGGCCUAAUGUUGCCAAAUAUCUUAAGGGCCGAACUUCCAGACAGUGCAGAGACAGAUGGAAUCACUAUCUAUCCCCACAGGCCAAUCUCACUGAGUGGUCUGCUGACGAUGAAGAGUUAUUACUCUCAUUGUACAGACAAUACGGCACAAAAUGGGCGUUCAUUUCAUCGCAUUUUCCAGGAAGAACUGCUGCUUGCGUUAGAACCCACUGCUGUCGCUUGCAGAGGAUUAUAGAAAGAAAUUCCACCAAGGCAUCACAGACAAUGCAACCUGUUCAACAAAGCCAAAUCACUAUGGUUAAUAUAGUUCCCGAUUAUAGUCCAAUAUAUCAACCUCCAUAUAUUCCACAGCCAGUUCAGCAAUAUAUUCCUCAACCAAAUCCUUAUGCUUUUAACCGCUUGCCAUCAAUUUAUCAACUUAUCCUGUAA